AUGGAGGGGCAGACCGUGAGGGGUCCCGAGCUCCGCCUGGCGGGCCUUCCCGCCCAGCAGGAUUGCAGCAUUCAAGAAAAAAUAGAUUUAGAAAUUCGAAUGCGAGAAGGAAUAUGGAAGCUCCUUUCUCUGAGCACUCAGAAAGACCAGAUCUUGCAUGCAGUUAAGAAUCUCAUGGUAUGCAAUGCUCGAAUAAUGGCUUACACAUCAGAGCUACAGAAAUUAGAAGAACAGGUUGCAAAUCAAACUGGAAGAUGUGAUGUGAAUUUUGACAGUAAAGAACGGACAGCAUGUAAAGGAAAGAUUGCCAUAUCAGAUAUUCGUAUACCACUAAUGUGGAAAGACUCUGAUCACUUCAGCAAUAAGGAACGAUCACAGCAGUAUGCCAUUUUCUGUUUAUUCAAAAUGGGAGCUGAAGUUUUUGAUACUGACAUGGUGAUUGUGGAUAAAACAGUCACAGAUCUAUGUUUUGAAAAUGUAACUAUAUUUAAUGAAGCAGGGCCAGACUUUCAGAUAAAGGUGGAGGUAUAUAGCUGCUGUACAGAAGAAUCUUCUAUAACCAACACACCAAAAAAACUAGCUAAGAAACUGAAGACAUCUAUAAGUAAAGCUACAGGGAAGAAAAUAAAUUUGGUGAUUCAAGAUCAUGAAACAUGCUCGUCUUACAGUUCUGCUAUUUUUGGUGCAAAGUAUAAUUUGCUGGCUCAUGCUACUCUGACCUUGGAAAGUGCUGAGGAUAGCUUCAAGACCCAUAAUCUGUCUAUUAAUGGAAAUGAGGAGUCUUCAUUUUGGCUUCCCUUAUAUGGCAACAUGUGCUGCCGCCUAGUCGCCCAGCCAGCUUGUAUGGCUGAGGAUGCAUUUGCAGGAUUUCUUAAUCAGCAGCAAAUGGAAGAAAGCCUGAUUAGUUGGAGAAGGUUGUAUUGUGUUUUAAGAGGGGGUAAACUUUAUUGUUUUUACACUCCAGAAGAAAUUGAAGCUAAAGUGGAACCAGCUUUGGUAGUGUCCAUUAACAAGGAAACCAGAAUUCGGGCAAUGGAUAAGGAUGCCAAGAAAAAAAUUCAUAAUUUCUCUGUCAUCAACCCUGUUGCCGGACAGGCUGUAACUCAUAUUUUUGCAGUGGACAAUAGAGAAGAUCUUCAGAAAUGGAUGGAAGCCUUCUGGCAACAUUUCUUUGAUCUUAGCCAAUGGAAGCAUUGUUGUGAAGAACUUAUGAAAAUUGAGAUUAUGUCACCACGGAAACCACCUUUGUUCUUGACAAAAGAGGCGACCUCAGUCUACCAUGAUAUGAGCAUUGAUUCACCUGUAAAACUUGAAAGUUUAACUGAUGCAAUACAAAAAAAACUUGAAGAGACAAAUGGACAGUUUCUUACUAGUCAGCAUGAAGAAUCCUCACCACCUCUUUGGGCCAGCCUCUUUGAUGGUAAUCAUCAAGUGGUUAUCCAGAAAAAGGUAUUAUCUCCUUCAAGCAAGCAGUUACAUGAUGGGAAAGGGAAAAAAAGACGCGCUCCCCUUCCUCCUUCUGAUAAAGCUCCAUUCAGCUUAAAAACCCAGAGCAACACAGAUCAAUUGGUUAAGGACAACUGGGAGAAAACAAGUGUGUCUUGGACCUCGCCUUUGGAUACCAAAUUAUCAACCCUAAUGCAUCACUUACAGAAACCGAUGGCUGCUCCUCGAAAACUUCUUCCUGCCAGGAAAAAUCAUUUAAAUGAUGGUGAACACAUAGACACUAAAACCAAUUUUGAAGCCAAGCCAGUGCCAGCUCCAAGGCAGAAAUCUAUCAAAGACAUUUUGGACCCUAGAUCAUGGUUGCAGGCACAAGUAUAGAAGACCCUUAAUGUAUAAAGCAUUUAACAAAAUCUGUAACUGUUAGGCUUAAUUCAGAAGCACUAGAGAUAUGGUAAUAUGUAAUUAUGUUGGUAAAUAUGAUAGUGAUUUACAUCAAUAAUUAAUAAGCUAUUAGGUAUUAAAAAUGCUUUAUAAUGAAGAAAUGGAUUUCUCUUUUACUUCUGAUCUUCAGAAUAUAAGUGAUUUCCCUGGUAGAGUGCAAAAGGCAGUUUCUAGACAAUAUCCUACUUGUUGGAAGGGUUAAUUUAUUCCUAAAUUAGUGCCAGCAGUGAGCAAGCACUAGGCAGAAGAAGGCAUUAAAAUUUCUUUGGGGAGAGACUGUCUAGUAAUUUAAAAUGUGUUAAAUAUGAGCCAUAUUCUCAUUGUGAGAAUUUUAAUAGUAAUGGAAUGUUUCAAAAGUUUUAUACAAACCACAAAUUAUAGAAUCCACCCAAGAAAAUUUCUUCUUAGCAUUCUGGAAUUCUCAUCUAAUGGUUCACUGGCUCUCAUCUGUUGUUUAACUCACUAGUUAACUCACUGACCUUUCAAAUUCCUGAGAUGAAUUUUGGAAUAUUAAAUCCUUCAUCUUUAAAGGGAAUUUAUAAUGUGUUAUUCAGAGUUGUUUCCUUGAUGAGCCCUGAAAUCCUGUUGACAUCAACUCUCAUAAGUGAAGCAUAACAUUUAUUAGUUUAGAGAAAAGGUAAAUGAAAUGUUCUUUUAUUUCCAUUUUUCUAUGCAUGGUGCUAAUUUCAAUUGUGACAUUGGAAUUUGGGGAAGUGAGUAGCUGAUUAACAUUUAAAGUUCAUUUAAUACUUAUUUAAAAAGCAGAUGGCCGAUUCAAAAAUAUCAGAAAAGUUGGCCAUGAUAAUAAUUUUCAGAAUGAAUCCUUUUAAAACAUUUUAAUUAAAUUUCCUUUUUCUAGUAAGGGUUGAUGUCUGCGAUUGAUAUUAUUCAUUAAAAGUCAUAUUCUUACAACAAUGACAUUGGAAUCAUUUCCAUAGGAGGUAAUUUCCAUAGCAACUAAUCAUAGUGACCCAAACAGGAUUAUGAAAUCAAGUGAGGAAUUAAUAGCAAGAGGAUGAAUACCUUAAAGGAACAAAAAUCCAUUUUUUAAAUAAUAAUAUUUCUUGUAAACAAGAGCUGAACAGUUUUAAAAAUCAAAUCAGAAUUUCCAAAUGA